AUGGACAAAAACCCGCUCAUCAUCGACAACGUGCCUGGAAUGAAGGUGAAUAGAUCCAGAAGCAGUACCUCGGACCUAUCCAAAUCAUACACAGAGGUCAGGUUGGCGAGAAUAUCUUUCCAGGAUUCUUGGGACCUGGUCCCCGAGGUUGGCCAGAUUGGCCUCGGAAAGCUCGUCAAUGGUCCAUUGGGCAAAGAUAUGGUCGUCUUUGAGCUGUGCCGCACGCAACAUGUAGUAGAAAGUGACCCUAUUUGGCUUGUCCUUGGAAUUUGUCUUGACAAAGUCGUAGAAAUCGCGAAUACCAUCCGUGUCUCCGGUCAUGCUGAGGGCCUUGAAGAUAUUGUUGUAGAACCAGGUUUGGAGUCUACUUCCUGCUUCCAAUCCUUGGUAGAAGGCGCUGUCUGGAACAAUGGUGUUGGAAGCUGCGAUCUGAUCGCCGAGUUCUAUGGCUUUCUUGAAGUCCGACUUUUUAAGCAGUCUCUGCAACACAAUGUUGUAAACCUGGACGUUAGGCUCGAAGACGGUGUUCUUGGAAGCAGCCUCGGCGGUGAACACGUUGAACAGAGAGUCCGUCUGUUCGAUGUAAUCAUAUUUGGCCAAGGCAGCAAGAAGCGUGUUUUUCAGAGUCUGGAGCUCCGACUCAGACACGUUGCUCUUAUGGGCCUUGUAGAAGUCCAGACCCUUGUUGAGCUCUUUGCUGCUCAAGUAUCCGUUGAUCAUGAUAUUGUAAGUUGUGCUGUUUGGCUGGACGCUCUGAGUGAGCAGCUUGUAAACGCUCUCGAUUCUCAAAAGCUUCUGUGGAGCGUCCGAGCUCACAUGGGCGUUGAGAAACUGGUUCCACGAGUCGAUCUCAGGCUUGGUGCCCGACUUGACCAGCUCUCCCCAAAGAGCCAGCGUCUUCUCGUACUUGGAAGAGACGUUGUAGAUUUCCAUGAGCAUGGCGUACGAUUUCUGGGUGAAUUGGACCUGGCUCUUCUCCUUGGCCACAAAAAUUCUUUUGAGCAAAGACUCCAUGGAGUCUGUAGGAACCCGGAGGACUGCAGAAUGGUCAAUAGUUUGCUGAAUAACAGAGAGUCGGGCACAGAAGCGUUGUCUUUAUUCAAAGCAUGGAGUUUGCUGAACAACAAGUGUCCGCGGCCCAGAACAGCGGAAUACAUGUCCUUGUCGAUCCCCGAAACCGCCUCCUCGAGGCCAGCAAACAAAUCGGAAAUAGAAACAGUGGUAUCUCUGGUCAAGACGCUCAAAGAAGACAUUGGCUUGAGACCUCUGGCUUUUGCUUCCGCAUAG